AGUUGCCUGCCCAGUAGACUGAAAGCACCUUCUGCCAAAGAAAUGUGAGAAGAGUUGAAAACGUGCUAUUUGGAGACUAUUCUCCUCGUAGACAUCCGGGAGAUCUCCAGAGAUCUAACUCAGCCUCACUUCUCCACAACUUCAUCAUGAAAAAGAGGAAGCCCAAACUGAAGUGAGUUAAAACUUUGCCUCCAAGAGGAUUGUGGCUUGGCCCUGAGUUGAGGUUUAUACGUAAGCACAAUGAAGAAGAGUAACAGAAAAUCUCCCACAAGGAUCGACGAGAAAGAUGACAUCUGUGUCCCAGACUCCAAGGAUCCAGGAGAGCUUCAAAAUAUGUUGAAUGGAGGAGAAUACGCGCCUUUUGUAUCUCCUCCCAUAUUAGAGAGCAAUUUUAUCCAGGUCAACAGGAGAGGUGAAUCCAUUUACCUUCAUAACCGAGCCAACUGGGUGACCGUAGGCAUCUGCUCUUCCAGUCCCACCAUCAAGACCCCUAACGUGAUGUUGCUGGCUCAUCUAACACCCACUGCCCAGAAAGAUUCAGAACCCCUAUUUAAAAGCCUCCUGACAUCUCCUUCUCCAGAAAAUCUGGUGCUUACCAGGUUUCUCCCUCUGCAGUUUGUGACUCUCUCUGUACAUGAUGCCGAGAAUAUGCGCAUCAAAGUAAAGCUGGUGAGUGGCCGAGCCUACUACCUACAGCUCUGCGCCCCUGCGUGCAAACAAGACACCCUGUUCUGCCAGUGGGUAGAGCUCAUCUCCCUCUUGAAUAAGGAGAAAGCCAAAGCUUCCAAGGUGUCGGAAGUCUCCAGCCUCUCGGAAAUCACAAACAGCACAGACAUCACAGGCUCAGUGGACAUCAUGGACAUAGCAGCUUUCCCCGCCAUAGAGACCUCACACCUGUCCACGUGUUCAAACCCCAACAACGAUGUAGAAAGCAUCGAUUUCUCGGAAUUCACAGACAUCACCGAUGUCACCGACGUCACAGAUAUUCCAGAAAAUGAGGUCAUUGAGGCCCCAGAUAUAAAUAUUGUCACAGAAGUCACGGAAGUCACAGACAUCUGUGAAGUCACAGCAAGCUCAGGGGUCACAGUGGUGUUUGAAAAUGAUGACAUACUCAAGGCCAAGCAAGAGGAAAAGGAAAAAAUGGAAAACAUUCUGAAGUCUGGGUGUUUACGAGAUACAAAAAGUAAGAAUGAGUUUAGAGAAUCCUCAAAACAUGUCACCAUCUCAAACCUAACACUGACUUUCGAAGGUGAAAGAUGUUUUCAAACUACCUUGACUCCAGAAGAAGACGAGACAGACAAAUCCAAAGAGAUGAGCAACAGACCCUCCGAAAUAAGGACAAUGGACUCUGAAAGCACAACUCUCAAGGCUGAAGAAUCCAGGAGCAGGAGAACUGAUUCAGACACUUCAGAUAAAUGUAAACUACUAAAUUAAAAGCAAGCACAGCUCAAGAAUAACAAUGGAAGGAAGGGAAGACAAAGCAGCAUCUUUCAUGUGGCAGAAAUAAAGACUACUACUAAUCAUUAA